AUGGCCUUACCAGAGACAGUGAGAGGCGACAUAAAUGUUACUGAGGCACCAAUGGAGGAGCAAAAGCUCGAGCAAGAGCAGACAAUCGGGCCGAUAUCGGCAAAUCAGAUUGCGCAUAUUCGAAGAACGGGCACUACUCGUGAGAAGAUACAAGCGAUAGUACAGACAUUGGUCGCCCGACGUCAGGCCGAACUGCUCUCUCGUUUGACUGGACCAGAUCCCUCGACCGUCCGACCGGGAGGACGGAUGAACGAGGCCUGGCAAACUGAACGUGAGGCUGGACUGCGUUUAUUCGACGGACGAGCCCACAGUUCCAAUGGAUGUAGCAGAGUUGUACAGCAUCAUUCCAACUCCAUGGAACCCGCCGAAUCUAUUCGAUCCAGUGCCGUGGAAAAGGUUACAGGACCUGUGUCGGUCGCUGGAGCUGAGCAGAUGCCUUGGAAUAGAGAAUCGUCUUAUAUAGUUUCAAGAAAAAAGCCAACCUCUCCGACGUCUGUGUCUGCCAGCAUGCAACGAGACAAAAAUCGCUCACAAGCAGUCCUUCAGUCGGGUGCAUGUGGCCCAGAUCAUGAAUAUAAUCCAAAUCAGCCGCAAAAGCACACCUUUACACCAGGUGUACAGCUCAAACGUUCCGAACUAAUCGGCGUCAAGAAUAGGCCAAUGUAUGCUGUCUGUCAUGAGGAUGCCGAACCUAAUGGUCAUAAAAGUGCUGGAUUAGAAUCCCUCAAACAAAAACAAGACUUGCCCGCCUCCCUGCCGAAGGGA